AUGGCGGACCGCAAGAAGAGAGAUCGCUACGCAGCGGGAACAGGAUACCAAUUCGGCGCGAAUACACAAGAGGCCGCCCAAGGAGCAGGAGUCCCCCCACCAGUAGUACCUGGUUAUGGAGCUCCAGCGCCCUCAUACGGUGCACCAUCACCUGCUUAUGGCGCUCCCUCUCCUGGAUUUGGCGCCCCCGCCCCCGGCUACGGAGCGCCAGCCCAGGGCUAUGGACAGCCUAUGCCUCAAGAUCCGAAUGCUCUCAACCAGCAGUUCGGGCAGAUGAACAUAGGCCAGGGACAAGCAGCCCCUCAAGUUCAGCAGCCCGCCGCAGCUACUCAGCAGAACCAACUGUUCCCCUCAGACCUCAUCGCGCAGCCCUUCCACGUCUCGGAACUAUACAACCCUCCUCCUCCGAUCAACCUGCCCUCCAACGCCGCAGCCACCCCCUCCGAGUUCGCGAACGAGUCGAGUAAAUACCUGCGAUGUACGCUCAACACCAUCCCUACCAACCACUCGCUGCUCAAGAAGAGCAAACUUCCAUUCGCGCUCAUCAUAAGCCCGUAUGCUAGUUUGCACGACUCGGAGGACCCUGUGCCAGUAGUACACGACCAGGUCAUUAGCCGUUGUCGACGAUGCCGCGCCUACAUUAAUCCGUUUGUCUCGUUCCUAGACCAUGGGCACAGGUGGAGGUGCAACAUGUGCAACCUGACCAACGAUGUCCCCCAAGCAUUCGAUUGGGAUGCAGCACAGCAGAAGAGCGUCGACCGCUGGCAGAGACCCGAGCUGAACUACGCAGUGACCGAGUUCGUUGCACCCCAGGAAUACAUGGUCCGCCCUCCACAGCCUCUGUGCUACUACAUUCUCCUGGACUGUACCCAGGGAGCAGUGAACAGCGGACUUCUCGCUGUCGUCUCCAGAGUCAUCAAGGAGUCCCUCGGCCGGAUACCAAAUGCAGACGGCCGGACACGCAUCGGAUUCAUGGCCGUCGACAAUGGGCUACAUUUCUUUGGUAUCCCUCCAGACAACAGCGAAUCUAAUGAACCCCAACAACUCGUGGUUUCCGAUCUAGAUGAGCCCUACCUUCCCAUGCCCUCGGACCUUCUAGUCAGCCUCAGCCAAUGCCGCAACAACAUCGAGACCUUCCUUGACCGCCUUCCGACCAUGUUCCAGAACACUCACGUCCCUGGAUUUGCGCUAGGCUCAGCUCUCCGAUCCGCACAUAAGCUCAUUUCCCCGCUUGGUGGAAAGUUGACCGUCAUUGCCGCGUCGCUGCCCAAUGUUGGCCAUGCAGCAUUGAGCCCCCGAGAAGACAAAUCAUUAUUGGGAACCGGCAAAGAAGGCAGUUUGUUGCAGCCUGCAAACAACUGGUACAAGUCGUUCGCCGUAGAAUGCUCCAAGAACCAGGUUUCAGUGGACAUGUUCCUGUUCUCCUCACAGUACCAGGAUGUCGCAACGCUAAGCAACCUUCCGCGAUUCACCGCCGGUCAGACAUACUUUUACCCAGGAUGGAAUGCUGCAAGACAAGAGGAUGUUGUCAAGAUUGCAACUGAGUUGGCAGACUACUUAUCUGCUGAGAUUGGUCUAGAGGCUGUGCUCCGUGUACGUGCUACCACCGGGUUGAGAAUGUCCGCAUUCUACGGAAACUUCUUCAACCGCUCGUCUGAUCUCUGUGCCUUCCCGGCAUACCCCAGAGACCAAGCUGUUGUAAUCGAAGUCGCUAUUGACGAGACAAUCUCCAAGCCAUUCGCCUGUCUACAGGCUGCUGUGCUCCAUACUACUUCAAGUGGCCAGCGUCGUAUCAGAGUUUUGACUCUUGCGGUGCCAACAACUGAGAGUCUAGCAUCGGUCUACGCUUCAGCAGACGCACAAGCGAUCACCACCUAUUUCAGUCAUAAGGCGGUUGAGCGAGCAUUAUCGAGUGGUCUUGAUGCGGCGCGAGACGCAUUGCAGGCCAAGGUCAUUGAGAUUCUGUCAACCUACAGGAAGGAGUUGGCAGGUGGAAGUAUGGGCGGUGGUGGUCUGCAGCUACCACAAAACCUGCGCGCUCUCCCCAUAUUGUUCCUUGGUCUUAUUAAGAACGUUGGUCUUCGUAAGAGCGCUCAGAUUCCAAGCGAUCUUCGAUCAGCUGCUCUCGAUCUCCUUUCUACACUGCCACUGCGACUGCUUACGCAGUACAUUUACCCAUCUUUCUACUCUCUUCACGACAUGCCUGAUGACGCUGGUGUACCAGAGCCUACUACUGGUCAGAUUACAAUGCCACCCGCAUUGAACCUCUCUAGUGCAGCUAUCGUCCCGUAUGGCUUGUACCUCCUGGACGACGGUGUCAACCAAUUCUUAUGGAUCGGCCGCGAUGCUGUUCCAGCACUCCUGAACGAUGUGUUUGGCGUCGAAGACCGUACACAACUGAAGCAGGGCAAGGCUUCAUUGCCUCUCCUUGACAAUGAAUACUCGGAGCGAGUCCGAGCUGUUGUGGAGAAGUCAAGGGAUCACAAGUCGAAGGGCGUGGGUUCUAUCACUCUGCCUACCCUGUAUAUCAUCAAGGAAGAUGGCGACCCAAGCCUCAAGCUAUGGGCGCAAACACUACUUGUCGAAGACCGGGCAGACCAAGGAGAGAGUAUCGUUCAGUGGAUCAGCAAACUCCGGGAAAAGGUAUACCAAUGA